AUGAAUAUCGAACUACUUCGCCGUCUGUGCGAAACACCGGGCGUCCCGGGGCACGAGCACCGGGUACGCGAACUCAUUCAAGACGAGAUCAAGGGGCUUUUCGACGAAGUGACCGUGGAUCCGAUGGGAUCACUUCUGUGCCGGCGGAACAGUCGCAAGAGUUCCAGGAAGGGUGACCCGAAGAAGGUGAUGCUCCUGUGUCACAUGGACGAGAUCGGCUUCCUGGUCUCGCAUGUCACCGACAAGGGGUUUCUUCACGUUCAGCCGGUCGGCGGUUUCGAUGCGCGCAACUUGUUCUCACGCCGGGUUCUCGUUUCCACCGACGACGGUGAAUUCAAGGGCGUCAUGAACCCGGGCGGCAAACCCAUCCACAUCUCUUCGCCCGAGGAACGAAAAAAGGUUCCCGAGCCAAAGGACUUCGUGGUCGAUAUCGGGCUUGGCGACAAGGCCAGGGACGUCGUCAAGGUCGGUGACAUGGUGACGAUGGACGAGCCCCUGAUCGAGAUCGGAGACAAGAUCGUUUCUAAGGCACUCGACAACCGUAUCGCUUGCUGGCUCGGCGUGGAGGCCGUCAAGGGGCUUGGCAAGUCAAAGCACGAAUGCGAGAUCCACGUUGCCUUUACGUGUCAGGAGGAGGUUGGCCUGCGCGGUGCGCGAACCGCUUCCUUUGCCAUCAAGCCGGAUAUCGGCCUGGGUGUCGACACGACCCUUGCCUGUGACACGCCUGGUGUUCCCGAACAGGACCGCACGACAGUCCAGGGCAAUGGCUUCGGUCUGCAUGUCAAGGACAGCAGCUUCAUCGCCGACCGUGAUCUUGUAAAGGAAUUCGAGGCGCUUGCGGAAAAGGAAAAGAUCCCGUUCCAGCGCACGAUGCUGGCGGCGGGUGGCCAGGACGGGGCAGCGGCACAGCAGGCUGCCGCAGGUGCCAAGGCCGUCGGCAUCGUCGUCGGUACGCGCUACAUCCACACGGUGACGGAAAUGAUCCACAAGUCGGAUCUUCAGGCGGCCCUGGACGUGCUGGUGGCGUAUCUGAAGAAGGCUUGA